GCUGUGUUCUAAUUGUUCAAAGAUUUAAAAUGAUCCUCUGUUAUGGAAAUUGUUUGGUUUUAAGUUGUUCGUCUUUUGCAUUUUUAAUUUUUUUUAUCGUCUCAGUUGUGGAAAAUUAUGACUACGAGUCGGACAAAUUGGCACCUAUUAUACUCGUGAACGGGAUGGGUGCCAGUCAAAUCGAGGGCAAGUGGGACACUGAUAACCGCCCAAAAUUCUGCGAUAAAAAGGAAAAUGAUUGGGAACAGAUGUGGUUGGAUCCUGGUGUGGCUUUUUGGACCCCUCACCAUCUUAAAUGUUGGGCUUUCAGAUUUCAACUGUUAUACGACAGAUCAGCUCGCAAAUGUAAGAAUCAGGUAGGCGUCAAAACACGAGUUAAAGGACGGCUCGGAAGUUUAAAAGCGAGUGAAUUUUUGACACCCGGCCUUAUUUCUCAUCAACUUCCUUCUAGUAGAUAUUUCCACCAGAUGAUAGAGGCUCUCAAGAAGAGUGGGUACUCCUCCUCCAGAAACCUCAAGGCCCAUAGCUACGAUUGGCGAUACGCUCCUCCUCGACAAGAUGACUUCAAUUACUACAAGAGAUUUACGAAGCUGGUGGAAGCAGUGUCUGAGCAAACAAACCGGAAGGUAAUGAUUGUGGGUCAUAGUAUGGGCGGUUUGGUCACCGCGCACUUCCUCUCGAACAAAACUCAAGAAUGGAAGGACAAACACAUCCACGCAUUCCUAACGGUUGGGACGCCUUGGUUGGGAAUGAUUGAAGCUGUUGGAACCUACAUUGUUGGCCUUAAUCUUCGUAUUCCAACUAUUGAUAAAAAAGUCACGUUAAGCGUGCAGCGAACUUUUCAGUCCUUGGCAUUUUUACUGCCUGAAGAAGAAGAAUUCAAGGAUGCGGUAUUGGUUGAAUGGGUCUCUCAGAAUAAAUCGUAUACGGCCAAAGAUUACCAGCAAUUUUUUAAAGAUGUAAAGUUCGAGGAUGGGUAUCUUAUAAGAGAAGAUGUUCGUCCUUUCUUUCCUUUUGCUCUGGAUAAACUAGGAGUCCGAUUUUAUUGCGUAUGGACAAACUCGUCUGAGAUUAAAACACCUACGUCGUUUCGAGUCACAUCAUCCGAUAUAAGUGAUACGCAAGAGUAUGAAAUGGUACCUGGACAUGGUGAUGGGAGAAUACCGCUCAACAGCCAGCGGUAUUGCGAGAAAUUCCGUAGUGAAAAUGUUACUAUUCGGAAUUUCCAAGGCUACGAGCAUGUUCAAAUAAUUCAGGAGACGAUAUUUCAUGAUUACGUCAUGUCGGUUGCCAAAGGAGCUCAACCGUAUCUUUGAUCGAAAUUCAACAGUGAAUUUUUCACAAAAAAAUCAAUCAACAUCCACAACGAGUAUUAUUAAAAUUUUUGCAUAAAGAAAAUUAAUGGGUGCUGAUAACAGAACGCUCAAUC